UCACCAAUAAGAAAAUACAAUAGAGGAUUAGGCAAGGGAUUCGUACCAUUGCGCAGCCAUACUACCGAAGCAGCUAGCAUACCUUCCGGCGCUUAAUUCCAUGGCCAUAAACGGGAGGACCCUGCUUAUUCAACUCUCUUUGGCCGUAAUAUUAGCUGCUACAAUUACAAAAUUAGCAGCAGCUGAUGGACCCCUGACUCAAGCCCUGCCUGGCUGCAAAGACAAGUGUGGUGAUCUCACUAUUCCAUAUCCAUUUGGCAUAGGUGACGGUUGUUACCUCCGACCGGAAUUCAACAUCACUUGUGACCACUCCGCCACACCCCCAGCGGCAAACUUAACUGGUCAGACAUUCCGUAUUACCAAAUUUUCCCUUGAUGAGGGUGAGUUGCAAGUAAUGAUGUUCAUAUCCCGAGAUUGCUAUGCCACGGUUGACUCCCACGCUCGCAGAACCUACCGGAACAACCCAGCACUCUGGUUGCCUCCUCCUUAUACCAUAUCUGAUACCAAGAACAGAUUCAUCGCAGUUGGUUGUGACACUUACGCCCUUUUCCAAGGUUAUAGAGGCGAAGAAAGGUUCAUCACUGGGUGCAUGUCAUUAUGCAACAGCCUUGGAAGCGUCAGUGACUCUAAUUGCGCAGGCGUUGGAUGUUGCCAAACUUCCAUCCCCAGCGGACUGAAAAAUUGUACGGUUCAAUUGAACAGCUAUUACAAUCAUAGCUUUAUAAUGGACUUCAAUCCCUGCAGCUAUGCUUUCACUGUCGAACAAGGCCAGUUCGAAUUCAGCAGCACAAGUUUUGAUCAACUCACCAACACAAACCUACUUCCAAUGGUUAUUAAUUGGGAAAUUGAAGAUAAGACUUGUUAUUCUGCUUGCAAGGCAAAUAAUAGCAUGUGUGUCAACCGGACCGUUAAUAUCAGUGGUUCUGGUUACAUUUGUCAGUGCUUGGGAGGUUACCAAGGGAAUCCAUACCUCCCCCAUGGUUGCCAAGAUAUUGAUGAGUGCAAGUCCUCAAACCCGUGCAGUAUCGGAACGUGCGUAAAUGUACCAGGAAACUUUUCCUGUAAAUGUCCCGAAGGGUACAAAAAUGAUGGCGCGGAUAGAAAGAAUUGCAUCAAAGACAACCCGAACAAUCUCCUGCUUCUGAUUUCAUUGGGUGUCACUGGUGGGUUCUUGAUUUUACUUGCUGGAAUUUCAUGGACGUAUUGGGCAUUGCAGAGAAAAAAGAUCAUCAAACUCAAGGAAAAAUACUUCAAGGAAAAUGGCGGCUUGUUGUUGCAACAACAACUGGCUAGUCAAGAAGGCUCCGUGGAGGCAAUAAAAAUCUUUACUGGAGAAGAACUUAAGAGGGCCACAAACAAUUACCAUGACAGUAGAAUCGUUGGCGAAGGAGGCUAUGGAAUAGUUUACAAAGGAGUAUUGCCAGAUAGCAAUAAAGUAGUUGCCAUAAAGAAGUCCAAAAUUGGUGUGCCAACCCAAAAGGAGCAGUUUGUUAAUGAGUUGAUUGUUCUAUCUCAAAUCAACCAUAGAAAUGUGGUGAGACUAUUAGGUUGCUGCUUAGAGACAUCAGUGCCAUUACUAGUUUACGAGUUCAUUACAAAUGGCCCUCUUUUUGAGCACAUCCAUCAUAAAAAUGGCAGAGGAUCAUCAUUUUCAUGGGAAUUACGAUUGAAGAUAGCAGCAGAAACCGCAGGAGCACUAGCAUACUUACACUCCUCCGCUCUCAUGCAAAUCAUACACCGAGAUGUGAAAGCAACAAAUAUACUAUUAGAAGACAAUUACACAGCAAAAGUGUCAGACUUUGGAGCUUCGCGAUUGAUUCCUUUGGAUCAAAAUCAGCUAACAACAUUAGUACAAGGGACAUAUGGAUACUUAGACCCUGAAUACUUCUUAACGAAUCAACUAACCGAAAAGAGUGAUGUGUAUAGCUUUGGGGUUGUCCUUAUGGAGCUACUAACCAGCAAAGUAGCACUUUCUUUUGCCAGGCCUGAGGAAGAGAGAAACCUAGCAAGCUUGUUUGUUUGUGCAGUGGAGGAGGAUCGCUUGAAUCAACUUCUUGAUCAAGACAUAGUCAACGAUGGAAACAUUCAGACAGUGAAACAUGUGGCCAAUCUAGCAAAAGGAUGUGUGAGGUUAAAAGGAGGGGACAGGCCUACGAUGAAAGAAGUAGCGAUGGAGUUAGAAGGAAUGAGAACUACAUCAAAGCAUUCAUGGGGGAAAGCUGAUUUCACUCCAGAAGAGACUCAGUACUAUCUUGGUUCACCUAGUUCAGACAUUUACAGUACUGUUGCAGUUAGAGGUGACUUUAGUGGUACGAAGAGUAGCAUGGAAAUCCAAAUGUUAAUGCCAUAUGAUGAUGGCAGAUAAUUCAGGUAAUGUAUCCAAAAAAUAAAAACUAAAAUUGACAAAAUUUAGUAAUGGGAUUUUGUCAAGAUCGUGUUCAUAGAAUAUGAUU